AUGGAAGAUGUAGAAGGACGUUUUGCUACUGAUGGUACUGGUAGAGAUAUAUUUCGCGCGACAAUGAGUUUGAAACGGUUUUUAUUUUUGCUUUCAACUAUUCGUUUUGACAAUAUAUUAUAUGAUAAAGAUGAUAGAAAAGAAUCGGGUGAUCGUGUAGCUCCAAUAUCAGAGUUGUUUCAAAUGUUUUUGGUAAAUAGUCAAUCAAAUUAUUCAAUGUCUGAAUAUUCUACAGUUGAUAAAAUGCUGGUUCCUUUUAGAGGGCGUUGCUCUUUUCGCAUGUAUAUGAAAAGCAAACCAAAUAAAUACGGACUCAAAAUAAUGUGUUUAUGUGACGCAAAAAACCACUAUUUGUAUAAUGCAUUUAUUUAUUGUGGAAAAAAUAAUGUUCCAAAUCCUAAAAAGUUUGCAAUACCUACUUUAAAUGUGUUAGAACUUGUAACACCUAUUUUUAAUUCAAAUAGAAAUAUAACUGGGGAAAACUGGUUUUCUUCCAUAGAACUAAUAACUGAAUUAAAACGACAUGGCCUAACAUACGUGGGGACAUUACGUAAAAAUAAAAAAGAUAUAUCAUCACAAAUUGUUCCUAACAAACAAAUUGAAGUAAAUACAACAAAGUUUGCAUUUACCAAAGACAUAACAUUAUUAUCGUUUGUUCCAAAAAAGAAUAGAUACGUGUUGCUUUUAUCUUCUAUGCACCAUAUAAAUACAAUAAAUCCGGAGAAUUCAAAACCAGAAAUAAUUGAAUUUUAUAACCAAACGAAAGUAGAAGUUGACGCUUUGGACCAAAAGUGUGCAGUCUAUUCAACACAUCGACGUCUACGAAGAUGGCCAAUCGCUAUAUUUUAUGUUAUGUUAGAUAUUGCUUCUGUAAAUGCACGUGUUUUAUAUAGUUGUAAAAAUAUAAAUUCACCAAUACCACGUCAAAAGUUUGGAAUAAUACUAGGAAAAGAGCUUAUUAUUCCUCAUAUGAAACGACGACUAUUACAAGAAAGACUACCUAGAGAAAUACCACAAAUUAUUAAAAAAAUACUAGGAGAUAAUAUUGACGAAGCAACUCAAGACAUUUCUUCUAACCCAAACAAACGACGAAGGUGUUACGUGUGUCCAAGUUCUAAAGAUACGAAAUAUUCAAAUAUUUGUUCUGUAUGCAAAAAAACGAUUUGUAAAACACACGAAGUUCAAGUAUCAAAAUGUGUUAAUUGUAUGGAUACAGAGUAA